AUCUUAUUUACACUUGGCAAGAUUUGAUGCGAAUUAUUAUUAUUUUAAUAUCCGAGAUGCAGGUUAAUGCGAUCAAACAAUGGAAAUAUUAAAAUACAAAAGCAAACAGGCGGCUUCAAAUCAGAGGCCUCAUCCAUUAAUUCUUUCUGAAUCCAACAUGACAGAGCUUUUAAAUUUGGAAAACAAAUUUUGUUAGAACACGUUUACAUAUUAAUGCGAUCUGAGAACUAAGAGAAUGGCGUUAAAAUUUAUGUUGUGCUUGGCAUUGUUAUUUAUGUUGGGCGUUUAUUGCAGCAAUGAAGGCGAUAACAGAUUUGAUCCCCAGUGGCAGCUGCUCACUCGCAAGAAUUUCUCUACACAGAUCCAACAGCGCGAAUUUGUGCUUCUUAUGGUAACCGUUCCAUGGUCUGGAGAAUCUAGAGCUUUAAGGAAUGAACUAGUGCAACUCAUGAAAUAUUCGGAUGCACAAUUUGAAAGCCUAAGAUUGAUGCUGAUCUACAGAAAUGUUGAAAAACUUCUUGGCGAUGUACUGGUUGGGAACAAAGCAGUGAAUUUGUUAUUCUAUCGACAAGGCGAGCCAUAUAAAUAUAGUGGGAAACUAAGUGCUCAAAAUAUAUUAGCUUCUGUUUGGCAUGCUAUGACAAUUCCUUCUUGUGAUAUACCUCUGAAACAAUUGGCCACUUUAGAAGAUGUGGAAUCCUUUGUACAGUCGACAGACAAAGGAGUGCUUCUUUUUGACAGCUGUGGAUGGGCUCAAAAUACAUCAGGCAGUGAGAAAACAAAAAAGAGAUUCUCUGCCAUUAAAAAAACUAAUUUUAAAAAAUCAAACAAAGAGGAGAGUUUUGGAAGGAAUAACCCUGGAACUGUUUCCAAGAAGUCAACUCUUACAAGCCAGUUGAAGCUUGAGAGUGAUGACACUGUCAAGUCCAUAACAGUGAAUAAUCUAGGGAGAGACAAGAACAUAGAAAUGUCUCCUAAAUCAUUAUCAAUGAUUGCAAAGGAGCAUGGGUUUGUGACUGAACAUGAAACUUGUGAGAAUGCCAGAAGCAGUUUCUCAACUCUCUCAAAAUAUGGUUUAUGCUUUGCAGGCCAUGACAAAGAUUCAGCAGAGACAGAAAUAAGCACAGCUGUAGUGUCUAGUGGGAAAGGAAGUUACCAUUCUUCAAGUGAAUACAAGGAUACCCUCUUCAAUAAAUCAUCUUGCACUUUAGAAGAAUAUAAUAAUUUUGAAAUUUUGUAUGCUAACCUGUCUAGGUUUGCAAGGGAUAAUAUGCUUCCACCAGAGCGACAAAAGUUUGGGAUUAUUUCUAAUAGGACAGCCAUUUCUGCUCUGAGCCUUCCAUUUCAUGACAGACCAUCAAUUAUUCUACAAUUUCCAGAUUGUCCAAACUGCUCUAAAAGUUUUAAUAGGGGAAGUGAUCUUGAGGAAUUUAUGAUGACAUCUCAUCCUCUUGUUACUGAGUUGGAAGGUGAGGGGUACAAGCUCAUGCCUCCUUUAUCGACUGAAACCCCUUCCUUGAUUCUCUUUAUUGAUAGGGCUUCACCUUCAGCAGAUUUGAGGAGAAGAAGUAAAGAUGCUCUACAAGCACUCCGGCAAGUAUCAUUUCAUUAUACACAGUCAUCUCAGUCUGCGAAGAGUACUAGGCAAGAUAAAGGCACAGGAAAGAGUCACUUAAGUUUACAGGACAAAAAGAAAAUACUCUUCCCUUCCUCCAACCAUUUGCAAAUGCAAUUUCAUCAGUCCCCUGAACUGCUGAAAUCAUUGAGCUUGGAUAAAAACAAUGUAUUUCAGGUAAAAGCUACUGGUGGUGAGCUUCAGAUUGUUAACUUCAAGGCAGAUGACAAUUUGUUUGGGGACUCUGCUCAGAAAAUUCUGGAUUAUCUGCUUCAGCAGAAGUCAGGCGUACAGUUGAAACAGGAUAGAUUGGCUCUUCUAGCAAAGAAAGCUGGGUUUCAGCUUUUGUCAAGUGAUUAUGUUCUUGAUCUGAAUCAACUGUCUCAGAUACCAGAAACUUUGUCAUCCUUGAUAGAAAAGACAAGUGGGAUACCAGAAGAAGAUUUCAAGAAUUCAGGUAGAAUAGAAAAUAAGGAGGCAGAGGAACUGCCCAAAGGAUUAGGAGAUGAAUUGGAUAAUAUUCAGACACAUAUUGUUGGUGACCAAAUGGGUGAUACUAUUGCAGAUGUGGAACAAGUAAGUGGGAUUGAUCUUGAGAAUACAAAUCAUGAUUGCAAGCCCUCUGCAAAUGUGAAUUAUGACCAUGCAACAAUAAAAGGCUGUUCUGCUACAACAGGGCAUGAUGAAUAUAAGAGUGAACCCUCAGCAGUUGAAGCUUUUGAUGAUAAUAAAGGUGAAGGGGGAAUGCCAGAAAGAAUUGACUUAGAGGAACGCAUUUUUUAUCUAAAGGAAAGUACAAAUAAAGAUUCUGCAGAUGAAGAAUAUGCAGAGAAGGUAGAUGUUGAUAAUAAAAAAGAUACAUGUCCAGAGAUAGGAAAUGGAGAACAAAACCUGGAAUGCACAUCAGCAUACAAAGAUGAGCAUGUGCUUUUUGAACGAAAUGGUGAGGAAUCAGAAACUUUGGGUGAUGCACAGGAUGAAAAUUAUGGUGAUCAUAUUUCAUUUUUCUUUGCAGAAGGUGGUGAUCAACUUAGGGAAAUUUUAAGUUCAGAUGUGAGCAGUCCAUCAGUGGUAUUAAUUGACCCUGUGGAUAAAACUCAUUACGUUUUACCUAAAGAAGUAUCUGUGUCUUACUCCUCCCUGUUGGAUUUUAUAAAGGCAUUUAAAAUUGGGACUCUUGGAGAAUACAAGCGCAGUGAACCUUUUCCACCAAGUCCAAGGGAGCCUCCAAGGCCACCAUUUGUGAAUAGGGAUUUUCAUGAGGUUGAUUCUACUCCUCGAGUUACAGUUGGCACUUUUUCCAAGUUGAUUCCUGGUUUUGAAGGCUGUAAUGAAACUGUUGAAAUAUCUUGUGCCAGCAGUCACCAUCCUGGAGAUGCUUGGGAGAAGGAUGUGUUAGUGCUUUUUAGUAAUGAUUGGUGUGGGUUUUGUAAGAGAUCACAGUUGAUUGUUCGUGAAGUACACCGCUUCUUUAAGCGCUGUUCAAAUUUUAUGCACGCUGAAGGUGAAAUUGCACCAAAUGUGAGUGCUCAAGAUAUGCCUUCUUUCUCAACACAAAUGAACAGAGAGAAUCUGGUGGUUGAUUUUCUCAAGGAUGAACCAACUAAGGGCGAUGUUUUGAAGGAUGAAUCAACCAAGGUCUUUCCUUCUAUAUUUCAGAUUGACUGUACUCUAAAUGACUGCAGAUCAAUCUUGAAAUCUUUGAAUCAGAAGGAGCUGUAUCCAACAUUACUAUUGUUUCCAGCUGGAAGAAGGGAUAAACCCAUUGCCUAUGAAGGGGACAUCUCAGUAAACAAAAUAAUUGAAUUCUUGGCUGCUCAUGGAAGCGUUUCUGGUCAUCUUUACAGUGUAAGAGGUGUCCUUUGGAAUAAGAUGCAGCAGGGUACAGGCUCCAAUAUAUGUACACUGGGGGUAUUAUCUUCAGUUCCAAUACAAAUUCAGGCUCCUCUUCAAAUAGGAAGAUCAGCUCAAGAGCUUUUACCGUCAACAACUGAUCAGUAUGGAAGCGGUCAACGUCAAUCAGGAGGUGCUGAUAAGUCCUCUUUGCAGAGUGAAAAGCCUGCCACUGGAUCUCUUCUUGUCUCUUCUGCAAAACUUCAUGGCACUUAUCCCUUUGAAAAUUCCAUUAUUUUAAUAGUGAAUGCAAAAAUUAACGAAGGUUUUGAGGGGUUAAUUGUCAACAAGCCUCUUUCAUGGGAUGAUCUGCCAAAUAUAGAUAUACACAUAGAACCUACUUUAAAAAAUACUCCCAUUAACUUUGGUGGUCCCCUCAUUGCAAAAGGCAUGCCUUUGCUUAGUCUGACACGAGUUAGCAAUCUUGAAGACUUCCAAGAAGUUCUUCCAGGUAUGUAUUAUGGAGGACCAGUAGCUACUAGUAAAAUCUUGGAGAUGAUAAAGUCGGGGGAAAUUCCAGCUCACAACUUCUGGUUCUUUCUUGGUUUCGCCACUUGGGGAUGGCAGCAGCUUUUUGAUGAGUUAGCAGCAGAAGCUUGGAAUCUAAGCACAUACAGAGAGGGUCUUAUUCGAUGGCCUGCACGCAUUACCUAGGAAUUCUGCAUUGACCCAGAUUCAUGCAUUGCCCAUUUUUCCAUUAAUAUUCAUGAUUUCCAAUUAUUUCCAUAUAUAAAGUAACUUUCAAACCGUGGGAUGAAAUACAGGAAAUUUUGUGCUAUAAAUCCAUUUCCAAGUCACUGUAUGGUAUAUAUCUAGGCAUGCAAAUCUGCAAUUGGGAAAGAUGUUUAUGAUGAUUUUGUAAAGGAAGUGCAAUGCCUAAAGCUAAAAGGCAGCCCAUGACGUUGGUUUCUCUUUUAACAUGAUGCUUAUGUUUCUUUACACACAUCCGGCAGUUUGCAACAACCACAGCAUAUAAAAUGUUGCUCCUCAAAAUGGGCAAAAUUUGUUCAUAGUGCUAUUCAGGCAACCAUGACAGAAUAUUGAUGGCCACCCAUUGUAACUUAGGAAGAUGUUCAAUUUGUUGCAGAAUUGAACUUGUCUUGAGCAUAGAAAUACAUUGAUCAUUUUUAUUCAUUGUAACAUAAAGAAAAAAACAGUUGCUAAUGGGUACACAUCAUUUGUGUAGCAUUGAAUAUGGAAAUUCUGUACUGACCAUGUAGACAAAUGAAAUUGAACUUAUAUGGCCAUAUCAGGUGGAAACUUUGUACAUGAGAAGGCUAUUCAUAAGAUGUCCUAGAGUGGGCACACAUCAGUUUUCUAUC